AUGGACGAGAGACCCGAAACUACCGGUGCCAAUGAUUCUAUGGCUACCUUGCAGCCGCUGUUGGACACCGAACCAACUUCAUCGGCAUCUUCUCACCUUGUACCAACUGAGAAGCCCGAUACGACCGCCGAGCAACAGAACAAAAGUACCAAUAAAUGGUUACAGGUUUUAACCCAAUGGGGACUUGAGAUAACAGCCUUGGCUCUCAGCCUGAUAGCCUUCGGGCUGAUGAUUUAUCUACUUUACCAGUCAGCCGGAGAGCCGAUAUCCAAAUGGACCAAGACUCACAUCUCCCUCAACACAGCUGUGUCCAUCUUGGCUGGGACAUCAAGAGCCUGCCUAGCAUUUGCGAUUAGCAUGUGCCUGUCCCAGGGCAAAUGGAACUGGCUGAGUCGAUCUGCGCAGCCGCUGGUGGACUUUGAUCGUUUCGAUGCUGCUAGUCGAGGGGCUUGGGGGAGCCUGCGUCUGCUGCAAUCUUGCGUGCGUCGACCUCACUGGAUAGCGAUGGGUGCUCUGACUGCUGUUGCCCUUCUGGCCUUCGAACCAUUUACCCAGGCUGUCUUAGCUAUAAAGGACAAGGAAGUCACUUUAGACCACCGAGAGUACACCAAGGUAGUACAGUCCAGUAAUGAUUCUCUCGAAACCCUUGGCAAUGUUCCUACAAUCGGCCGAUCAACUCGUUUAGAUGGCGCAUCGUGGAGUGGAGCUUUUGCGGGAGUAGGUCUCGUUCCAUUCCCAGGACCUAACAAUACGCCUAUGAAUUUCUCAGUCUACCGCCUCUCAAGCAACAUCCAGGAAGAUAUGGGUAUGAAAGCGGCCAUAUGGAAUGGAUUUUCGCCCUUCACGGCGGCGCAAAACCUGAAGCCAGCCUUCGCCUGUGCAACAGGGAACUGUACCUGGGCCAAUUUCACUUCCAUCGCCGUCUGUUCCAAGUGUCACGACAUAUCAGAAUAUGUCACCACGUCAUCUGGACCCGUGAAAUUCCCCUCAGGUAUCCAAGCUACGGGACCAGAGGAUCAGUCGUGGGUGUUGGGGCCUGGGGAAAGUCUGCCUGGUGUAAGCAACCCCAGUCCAUACUUUGAUUGGGGAAACGGUCGGAAUUUCACCUUCAUAAAACAUGAGAUUCCACAGUUGAAUCUUAGCAUUUCGAACUACAAUGGAAGUCGUCAGUGCCGAGACUUGUCCCAACAAUGUCCCGAUACUUACCUAUCUGCUCGGGUUACAACCAAUCCAGGGCAGACAUUGACGUUUGGCAACCUCAGCACCAUUGUCAUGGCUAUACAAUACCUAGCUUCAAAUGAGACUUGGCUUGAUAACAGGACCACCUGGGAAGACACUAAAGUUAGUGCCCUAGAAUGUGCACUAUCACUCUGCGUGAACGAGUAUCAUGAUGUACUCUCUCAGGGAGUCUUGCAAGAAACUGUUGUGUCUUCAUGGACGGACAGAGAGCUAGAGUCUUACACAAACGAUGAUAAGGAUGUGAAGGCAUUCAUGAAGUACACGAACCAUAGUCUCGACAUGGGCAUCUUGUUAGUGGACCUAUCCGAUCUCCAGAUUAAGAUCCCAGACGGGGAUUACAAGCGACAAGCCUCCGUCCUACGGCAACAGUACUUCAACAUUACACAAACCACCAUCAUAGCACUACAAAAUGUCUUAAGUGACGGCUUCGGCGGAAUCCGCGAUUACAAUUUUGAUAGGGACUAUAUUGAUGAAACUUCCAAAAAGCUGAUGUACCCAGCAUUGGGAAUGAGUCAGCCAACCGCUGGUCUCAUGUCUGGGCUUGGUAGAUCAAGCGACAUACCAGCGACAAUGGAUAACGUCGCCCUCAGUUUGACGAAGUGGAUACGAGAUCGAGAGCUGCAGACAAGCCCAAUGGUCGGAAAUGCCACAAGCAUGGUUGUUAUUACACUUGUUCAGUGGAAUUACUUGUGGUUUCCUGGCAUUAGUCUCAUUACUGGAAUAGUCUUUGCGAUUUUGUGUAUGUGGGAGACGCGGAAGCUGAAGAAACCAGCACUGAAGGAUAGCAUACUAGCGACUUUGGCAUGUGCGCCGGAUGAAGAAUUGCGUCAGUGCCUUAAACAGGCUGCUGCAAGUGACAAGCUACAAGAGGUUGGAAGAAAGCUGGAAGUACGCUGGGAGGAAGAUGAUGAAUUUGGCCAGUUGAAGGAAAAGAAGGAUGAUCAGCCGGGAGUCUGA